CAUAAAACUGAUUGUGUAUGUGAGAAAACUUGCUCAACAGGAUGUAGGCAAGUUGGGGGUUUAUCACAGCAUCUUGGCAGUUGGGAGGGUUUCUGUGGGGGCAGGUGAGAACCCAGGAUAAAAGAACAUGAGCAGAGAUGUGAAGGAGCUGGGCAGCAGAGAGGGAGCUGGGCAGCUGAGAGGAGGCAGCUAGAGAGCUGGAGAAGCCAGAGGAGCCUGGGACAAGACAUGUGAGGAAUGAAGACCAGAGGGGAAGGCAGAGAUGAAGCCGAACUCUAUUCCCCUGCCUUUUUGGUAACAACUAUGUAGACUUGUGUAAUGUGUAACUGUAAAUAUUGUAAUUUUUGUUUAGUCUAAGUGUAAUCAUUUAUGUAGAACAAUCAAUUGAUUUAUUUUACAAUACAUCACUUUACUGUACGCUCAUUGGUGUGGAUUCAUUGUCUGCUUGCUCAAAAGAACCAGAAACCCUAGUAAGUGGGUUGAGGUAUAUUGAUAUUAUUAUUAAUGAUAUAAUAUACAUAGAAACUUACAAAUGGCGAUCCAGUGUAGGAGUUCAAUGCAUGGCAUUUAAUCCAUAUUUAUGAGUGUGUAAUAUUGUGUAGUAAAUUAAUUGAUUGUUUUGUGUUGUUUUAAUUGUUGUUAAAAUAAUCAUGGAGGUUUUAGCUAAAAAGAUGGCCAUGGUCAAAUGCUCAGGACAGAUUGUUAAAUGUAUGCAAGGAUCUCCAGAUCCAUGGGCUAAGGCUCAAGAUUAUGUUGCCAGGGCAAUUCAUGACAAAUCUCUGUCUAAAUCAAAGGGUAAAGGUGCACUGGUUUAUGCUGCCUGUUGGAUAGCAGAGCAGUAUAAAAUUUUAUCUGUGCAAAAAGGGAAUCUUGAAGAAAAGGUUCAUUGUUUAAAUGUUUUAGUAGAUUCUCUAAAAUUUUCUGUAGAAAAUGCUGCUGCUAUUAAUGUUAGCAACCAGCAAACAACUGCAGAGUACAAGCAGGUUUGCAUAGAGAAUGAGCAGCUCAAACAAAGGCUGAGGGAUGCAGAAAGUUUGGUUGCAACCUUCAGAGAAGCAGGGGCUGAUCAUUCAAAUUGCAAAUCUGAGAUUAAACAGUUAAAGGCUCAAUUAGGAGCAAGAGAUUGUUUAGUUUCUGCAGUUAAAGUAGAGAACACUGCUAAAAAUGAUAGAAAUGUAACUGAUGUGAAAUGCAUAAGAGACAGCAAUAUGAAUUGUGAAUUAGCAGUCAAAAGUAAAAUGCUAAAUGUGGAUUGUUAUAGACAGGCCAAGCCUCCUAUAGUGACAUUAAAAUGUACAGAAAAUAAGACUGCGGGACAAAAGCAGGAUGUUCGUAAAGUUCAGGUUUACAAACCUAUUCAACCCAGGAAGCAGCCUGGCAGUGAAAGGGUGUUUGCCAUAAAGGCUACUCACCCUGAGAAACAAAGUGUGUACAGUACAGAUAAAAAAUGUACACAAAAGAAAGUGUUUAGAUGCUAUGCGUGUUCCAGAGUUGGGCACAUAGCAAGAAAUUGUACCAUGCAGUUUUACAACACGAACAAUCAUAAAAAUGGGUACAAUGCAAAUGAAAGUUGGAAGUCCUCUAGGUGGGGAUUCAAAAAUAAAAGCAAUAGUUGGAAUACAUGGAUUCCCUACGAUGUUCUUAAAACUCAAAAUGAAAGGCUGAGUGAAGAGAACUCAAGUCUGAAAAAUGCAUGGGGAAAAUUUAACAAUGAAUUGGAGAGUCUCAAGAUAGAGAUUUCUAAAAUGAAAAGAACAAAAGAUGAUGUAAAUCGGUGCUAAUGUCUUCUAUGAGUUUGUUUUCCAGGUAACAGGAUGGCAGUUCACAAAAAGAAGAAUUUCCAAAUAAUUCCCUUCCCCCUUUUAUCUCAGGAAAAAAAAAGGAGUUAUAGAGGACCUUACCUAUUUGUUUUUUUCUUUUACUUUUUGUACUUAAGGAAAAGCCUCUAAAUUGAUAUGGUACAGUCAGGUUUACCAAAUUCUAAAAUAUUUUUGUUUUUAUUAGUUAGAAUUGCCUGCACUGUGGAGUUUUGAAAAUGGUUGCUGCUUUAGUCUACAGAAGAGUAAAGAGCACUGAGGCAUAUUUUAAAUUUUAUUUUUGGUGUAUUUUUGCCUGAGUGACAUUUUUGUUUUACUCUUGUUUCAGCAGCAACAGGUUAUGAACAUUUUUUACAUAGACUGCAUGCUGCUUGAUUACUUCAAUACGUGUUAUGUGUUCCGGAUCAAAGCAGUAUUCACUCUAUAUUUUUUUUUUUUUAAAGUUUUUAUUUUUCCAAAGUUUGUCUGUUUGUAUUUAUAGUUUGUAAUUAUUUGCAGUUUGCAAGGUGGGGUGUUUUUAAAAAAAACAAAAAGAAAAACACUCUAAUAUACAGUCUACAUGUUAAAAGUUACCAGAGCCUUCAGCAAAUGCAAAUGUACAAGUGUCUUACAUUGAUAUGCAUGGUGUUAUUUACAUAAAAGAUCUGCGAGAGACAGCAGUUUA